AUGGUGUGGAGAACUGUGGUGUGCCCCAUCAUCGACGUAAUCAGUGACGAUACGUUUGAGUACAUGGCAGGAUCCGACAUGACAUACGGGGGGUUCAACUGGAAGCUCAACUUCCGCUGGUACCCUGUACCCCAGAGAGAGAUGGACCGCCGUAAAGGAGACCGCACCCUGCCUGUCAGGACUCCCACCAUGGCGGGCGGCUUAUUCUCCAUUGACAGAGAUUAUUUCCAGGAGAUCGGCACAUAUGACGCAGGCAUGGACAUCUGGGGUGGAGAGAACCUGGAAAUCUCUUUCAGAAUUUGGCAGUGCGGUGGGACUCUAGAAAUCGUUACAUGCUCUCACGUGGGUCACGUGUUCAGAAAGGCAACACCCUACACGUUUCCAGGAGGAACGGGACAGAUCAUCAACAAAAACAACCGGCGCUUGGCAGAAGUGUGGAUGGAUGAAUUUAAAAAUUUCUUCUAUAUCAUCUCACCUGGUGUGACCAAAGUGGAUUACGGUGACAUCACGUCUCGCUCGGCUCUGAGACAAAAGCUUCAGUGUAAACCCUUCAGUUGGUACUUGGAAAACGUCUACCCUGACUCCCAGAUCCCCAGGCACUAUUACUCCCUUGGAGAGAUCCGCAAUGUGGAGACCAACCAGUGCUUGGACAACAUGGCCCGCAAAGAGAAUGAGAAAGUUGGCAUUUUUAACUGCCACGGCAUGGGAGGCAACCAGGUUUUCUCCUACACGGCCAAUAAGGAGAUCAGGACAGACGACUUGUGCCUAGAUGUGUCCAAGCUAAAUGGACCCGUCAUGAUGCUCAAGUGCCAUCACCUCAAAGGCAACCAGCUCUGGGAGUAUGACCCUGUGAAGCUGACCCUGAUCCACGUCAACAGUAACCAGUGUCUGGACAAGGCCAGCGAGGAGGACAGCCAGGUGCCCAGCGUCAGAGACUGCACACACACACGCUCCCAACAGUGGCUACUCCGCAACGUCACACUACCAGAGGUCUUCUGACCACACUCCGCACACUCACAAACACACACACUCACACACACAGCGGCCCAGAGUAAGCAAUCGGGGGAACAGACUGUUUAUUAAAAAUUGGGCACCAGGAAAGGAAAGACUUCCCAUGAAGGGGAUGCGGGACGAGAGGAGGUGGGAUUGGACGGUACUACCUCUGCCGGAGAUCAGAGGGAGGAGAGUGUUUGACCCUCCUCGUAGCGAGCAGAGAAGAAGGACUCUUUCCAGGAGAACAUGGCUGUUGCUUUAUGUUUGUUUUUUGUUUUUAAAGAGAUUUUAACCACACUGAGUGGCUUGCUCCUGGCCGUGAAUAUGAGACUGGCUGGCGGAGUCGUAGUUCUGCACUCACAGCUUCCCCGGACAAAGCAGUCCAUCCCUCAGCUCAUCACUUAACGUUUACUGACUGCCUCUUAUGAAAGAGUGUGUGCCCUUAUUUGUGUGUGAAUGUGAAUUCUGAGAUGAAUGUAUGCUUUGAGAAGGGGGCUGAAUUCCUUGUUGAUGUCUUUCUUUUUUUUAUUUAAUGUUGUAGUGGAUUUUGAAAAUUAACUCUGAACUCUUAUGAAGAAGCAUGCAUGGGCAAGUGAGUGAGAGUGUGGUGUGUGUGUGUGUGUGUGUGUGUGAGUGAGAGACUGUCAUGUGGAUGCUGUGUGUCAGAGCCCCUCCUACAGUCUUGCAGCAGUGUAUGUCUCCCUCUGGUGUCACUCCUCGGCAUUUCAUCCUACAGACUGAAGCCUCCUCACUGAGGGAUUUCCUAAGGGGCUGCACAUAAAAUAAACAAGAGGACCGACCACGAGGACUCAACGUCUGCCAUCGGCAGAGAUCUAGAGAUAGAGGAAUAUGUUUGUGAUAUCUUGAGAUUUCUAUGUCCAGUUUUUACAUGGUUUUGUCUGUUUCUACAGUCCUGUGAGAGUGCCACAGAGCAGUAACCCUAGUCUGUCUGUCCGUCUCUGUUGUCUUUAAAGGUGUUUAACAUAGUGCUAACACACUCACAGAGGACUCUGCAUAUGUAACUGAUGUUCACUGCCUAAUGUAGUGUUAAACCAUAGGGAAGUCUCCCAUACGGCACUACAUAGUCACACACACACACACACACACAUCCUGUAUACAUAUAGGAAAAGGCUGCACUAGCCUGCUACUUUAAUCCAUUUUCUCAUAUCUUCUCAAUGACCUCUUAAAAAAAAUACACUCCAAGGGCUUCUUUCCUCCAGUGGAGUGUGUGGAUGAAAGCAUCGGCGUGUGUGUGUGUGUGCCUGUGAGAGAGAGAGAGAGAGAGAGAGAGUGUGUGUCUUCAGUACUAAUCCCAGUCCAUCAGCUCCCUGUUUACUAGAACAAACAGCUCUCAGAUUCCUUUGCUGUUGGACAACCAGAGCCCGUAGUGUAGACUGACAGCAGAUCAGCGCAUCCCCUGCGUCCGUUGUACAAAAGAGUAAAAGCUGCUUUUAUUUUCUAAACAGAGCCGAGUCUCUGCACUCGCCUGAGGACGCACAAACAGCAGGAAAAGGAAGCCUGGAGAGCAGUUGUUAGAAUAUCAGAGUCAUCGCUGAGGUGUGUUAGGAGACUUAAUCAGGGACAGAAUAAUAAUUGAAAGGAGCAGAAGGGAGUGAAUGGUUGAACUGUGGAUCACAAAGCGCAGCAGCAUACAUAUCUUAAUCCAUAAGUACAUAUCUCACUUUGCAAGCUUUGCAAGAUUCCACUAUUCGUAUCUCAGUGAACCAGACAGCUGAACAGUUACAUCAGUCUGUCAUUUUCAUUUCAACCAUCAUGCUUUCUUUUUUUGGUUGGUUUGUUUUUUGUAUCACUCCUGCUUCUGCGAGUCAGGGCUGGAGAGGUGACUUCAUCAAGGUUUUAACCAUUUCGCCUUCCUCCAGUGGAGGAAGGGUUUACACAUAGGACACCGGGUUCAUCUUUGUUGUUGUUUCAUGUCUAAGCGAGUGUCUGUACUGUGAAGAUGUGAAAGUUUGAUUGUGAUCGUGAAACAGAGGGAGCAUAAUGAUUGUUCUGAUCUUGGGGGAGGGGAGGGGGAGUUGGGGGGAUUUGAAGUUGAAGUGACAUGUCCAGGCUUCCACACUGAGCUGAUCCAAAUGUAGAAAAUAAAGGCAAAAACGUUUACAAGACAAUAUGAGGAAAAUGUUGAUUUCUGCCUCAUUUUGUCUGCACACACACGCACUUUCUCUUCCGUCAGAAAUGGUUCACAAACAUGAAGGUUAAGUUUGAUUUUAACUGAAUUCAUGAGGCGAGUAUCCAUAUUUCAGUGUUAAAAUAUUUAAUAUUAAAACGGCGUAAACGAAUAAGCUUGAGCUUGACAGUUGUUCUUGACCUUGGAAAACAGCAGCUGACCAAACAAUCUCCACUGAAAAGGUGCGCUGUGGAGUUUUCUUGUAAACAAACAAAAGUUCCUCUCACUAAAUUCAUGUUUUUUUAAACAGAUGUUUUAAAUAUUUUUGCGUCGUUUACGACGUCAUCUUCAUUGCUUUUGUUGUCACUUUAGAAGAACUCAGUUGUUAACAGAGGAAGCAUUGGGCUAGGUGGCAACCACAUAGGGUGUGAAAUGUGACCGCACCGGCAUGACACCCAUGGGUGUUAAAAGAUCAUAAUCUCUCUAGAAGACACGAGUCAGGGUAGUGGCAAGAGAAGUGUUGUGGGGAAAUGGGUUUCUUUUUCAUAAAUGUGACAGUGCAGUUUGAAGGUAAUAGAGUCGGGCAGCAGACUCACUACAUGUUUUGCAGUGGAUUAUUCAAACUCCUUCAUUUGAUCUGUUGAAUUAUUCAUUUGUCUGGAUUACACCCAGAGAGAGCCAUCAGGAAGACGUAUUAGACAAAAGUGUUUUGCAUACACAUCUUUAAUAAAAGAUGCUGAUUGUCUG